GGAUCCAGGUUUUGUUGGUGCUGAUUGCCCUUGCAUGUGUACCCUGUAUGCUGAUUGUGAAAACUAUGGUGCUUCGGCGUCAGCACCUGUGGAAAAAGCACCUGUCCCAGAAGAGGGAAGAAACCCCUGCAGAGAAUCUAGAGCAGUCUUUAGAGCAAACAGGCGUGUCCUCAUCAUGCACCGGACUCACCCAACAGGGCACGCAGAAGUUUGGAGGGGUGCGGGUGGGCAAUGGGCCCACGGAGGACGAGGCUGGCAUCAUGGACCACGACCAGCUCUCCCAGCACUCAGAGGAAGGAGAUGAGGUGAGCUCAUGAAAUUCCAUCCUCUUCCAAAACCUUUGUUUUGUUUGAUUUUAAAAUUUGAAUAGUUUUCA